AUGGUAAGUGAACGAGACAGCGAUAUCUACGUGGAUGUGACGCACGGUCUGGAUGAGACGAAGGAGGGCCUUAGCACGUCCAAUGAACGACAGCACAUCGCCUCUGAUUACACAAGCCGUCUGUUCCCAAGACAUGUGCAAGUCAUAUCUCCCACAUCGACGAGUAGCAAUGGCUCUGGAUCUGAACCUUGCGAUCAGAAGCAUCGUAAAAGAGCGCAGACUGCUGCCGUUUCGACGUCAGGCACAGCUACGGAAACAGAUUCCGACUUGGAGGAGAGUCGUAGUGAUACUGAUAAGGAGAAGGUGCACGUGAUUCGGUCCAUGCAUGCUGCUCAAGACAAACAAGCAAAGGAUGAUAGCAUUGAAGUUAUCAAUGAUGAAGAAUGCAAAGGUCUUGGAGAAUUGCGAUCGAGUUUCGAUAAAGAUCAAGAACGGUUUGAAUUAGCAAUUGCAUUAGAUUUUGAGACUGAUACGAAUGCAGCGUCGAGCGUUGGCCGACCUAGUGUCACUCGGCAGACGUCAAGCAGUUUUUCAGACCUUGGCGACUUUGACGACUUUUCAUUUUCGGAUGCAAUCACAAUUCCAAAUGGAGGAGGAAGUGGUAGUGUUGCAAGCAGCAGCAAUUCGAAUACUCCCACUACGUUUUAUCCUAUCUAUGGAAACGAUACGUUUCGAUUCACACAUACAAGCGUGAGCAAUUGUGGAUAUGGUAGCUACGAUGCCAUUGAAAAAAUUCCGGGAGUGUACACGAGUCCAGUGAGAAGUGCACGUAGUGCAAACUCGCCAACUAUACUUCGUCUUGAUAGCUUUGGGUGCAAUGAUGGCCGACUUACUCCAACCUUUCAACUGACACAACCGGCUGACGAGUCACAACCGCUUGUUGGUGAUAUCUAUCCUGUUUCUGGCGAGGUCGUUCGAUUGCGUGUCGACAAUUGUGCGUAUAUCAUUUUUUACAAGAGCGAUGAUAGUGGUGAAGAGCAGACGAAAAGUGAAUUGCUAGGAUUGUCGUCUUCGUCCGAUGAAGACGCUAAUGAGUGUAGUGAAGAUGGCUCUGGAAAAGUAAUACCGCCUCGUUCGUACGUUUCAUUGGGUGCAGCUGGCCACAAGGUGCAAACUGAUAACUGUUUUACACGCGAUUACAACCACCCAACGCGAUCUUUAGGUAGGGGUCUCUUUCGCGCUUCAACCAGUGUUGGCAAUGCAUUCAUGAAAGGCGCAGCGGGUUUGGUAAAUAAAACCUAUCAAGGUGGAGCAAGUGGUGGAGUCUUUGGAUUUGCCAAAGGAUUAGGCAUGGGAAUGUUAGGCCUAGGUACACAUACUGUCAAAGGUGCUUUUCGUGGAGUUGGGCAAGUGACGCAUUUAGUAGGCGAAAUGGUCCUCGGAACUGCACCCCAUUUUAGCAUUGAUGGUACGCUAGUGCUCACGAAUUACCGCAUUAUUUGGCAAGCGCUGAGUACAAAAGAUGCGAUGGAGAUCCCUUUGGCUACAAUCUUGUCAGCCGAAAGCUCAACAACAGCACCGCAUGUCGCCAAUAUAGAAGGAAAGCAUCUUUUACGAGCAUCUCUGGCAUUUCAGAAUGAAACGACUUGCUCGGAUUUUCUGAACUGUAUUUGGGAGCUGUAUUCGUCGGGAACGUCACCUCCGCACUAUUUAUUUGCGCACUUGCAUUAUCAGGCAUUACGGCAUAAAGACGAGGCCAAGACGGUGAAUGGAACUGGUUUAGAGACACCGAGUGAUUUGUUUUAUGACGCAGAGGAAGACUAUCGCCGACUUAAACUUUUGGAUGAAAACAGCUGGAUGCGGUUAUACGAUAAUUCAGAUUACGCGAUGUUUCCUUCGUAUCCCAAUACUUUCGUCAUCCCAUCUGUUUUGGAUCAGGAUGACUUACGCCAACUAAGUGCUUAUCGUAGCGCAAGUCGCAUUGCUGCUGUAGUGUGGCGCCACCCGCACACAGGGGCGCUUGUGUGCCGAUGCGCUCAACCGUGCACAGGGCUUAGUGGAUAUGUUGUAGCUGCCGACCAAAAAUUGGUAUCUGCCCUGCAACACGCAACGAGUACAUACGGCGAUGCAAAAUUUCACUUUUUUGAUGCGCGAAGUCAAAUGGCAGCAACAGCCAAUUCUGCGCAAGGCAAAGGUACGGAAGAUCCGCGAAACUACCCGAACUCGGAGCUUCACUUUUGCGAUAUUGCCAAUAUUCAUGCUGUUCGUUCGUCCUACGCGUCUUUAGCAGAAGUUUGUCAACCUGGUCAGGAACGUGAGAGCAGUGGCUGGCUUUUUCAGCUGAGAAGCACAUUUUGGUUUCUUCACUUAUCAAAUAUCCUGUCCACUGCACAGGAAAUCUGUCGAUGUCUCAAUCAGGGCCAUUCAGUGAUGAUCCAUUGUAGCGACGGAUGGGAUCGGACUCCACAACUUACAAGUAUGCUAGAGCUAUUGCUAGACCCGUACUACCGCACACUUCGAGGAUGGCUUUGUUUGAUCGAAAAAGAAUGGUGCUCGUUUGGACAUCUUUUUCGACACCGAUAUGGGCACGGCGAAGGUCCAGGCCAACAAGAGCUUGAAGAACAGUCCCCUGUUUUUAUUCAGUGGCUUGAUGCAGUGUGGCAGAUUUGGCGUCAACAGCCUUGGGCAUUUGAGUUUAACGAAGCGCUUCUAUCGGCACUAUAUGAUUGUAUAUUCUCUGGAUUGUAUGGCAACUUCCUGUACGACAGCGAGCGACAGCGUAAUCAAGAGGAGGCCAAAGUACCAACUCGAUCGUUGUGGUUUGUUCUUCUAGAACAGGCGAAUAAAUAUUUGAAUGCGGAGUACGACAGCGCUAAAAAUUUCAAUAGUAUUGGAUUAGUUCUUCCAUUCUCCUCCGAGGAAAAUGACUUGGUCAUGUGGGAUAAUCACUUGACGUAUGCCGAUCCUGUUUGCCGGAAGUAUGAGUGA